AAUAUACUCAUGAUAAGCAUGUUGAUUCCUCUCUCCUACGAUACAUUUCAAAAACUGUUACAAGUCAUAUUUCAGAAUCUGCAAUGUCAAUAUUAUAUGUAACGUAAAAAUGUUUUAAUAAGGUUUAUGAAGUGAGAAUUGAAUAAUCCACCUCCAUGCUGCCUACAAUCUCACUAACAGUCGGUCCUCAGCUUCCACCUUUUAACGCAGAGAUAUUCUUCAUGUUUUAAUCCUGACCGUUGCUUCACGUCUUAAUCACAGCCAUCCACGUGUCUCUGCCUUUUAUUCCCUUUCCCAUAUCACUUAGUGGAAAGGAGGAAGAAACAUGGAGAUUUCGAGAUGGAUUUAACUCCAAGAAACCCAGAAAAAUCCUUGAUUUGAAAAUCCCCUGAUCCACGAUGCUAACAUUGAGACCUUUUGUGCCUAUAACAUUAAAACCUCGUUUUUCAUACAACAUUCCGCAACAUCAUCAUCAUAUUCAUGUCUGCAAAUCCCCGUUAAUCUUCAGAACAAAUGCUCAAAAUGGCGGCAGCAGCGACUCGGCGAAGGAGUCUUCCGGUGGCGGAAACAGACCGGUUAGUAACGAUGAUGAUGGUAAUGGUACCAAGAAAGACCAAUUUGCUGGUUUUAGUUUCAAGUGGGGUGAGCUGUUGAAUCCAGAUCAAGAUAACUUUGUGGCUGUUGGAUUAGCUGGAGUAUUGACUUGGGCUAGCCUUCAAGUCUUGUCUCAGCUUUUCUUCAUCUCUUUCGCCAUCCUUGUCGCUGCUCUCAAGUAUUCAUUUAUCGCUGCACUACUCAUUUUCAUUCUCGUCACUCUCCUCUAGCUUGUUCUAUUGUCUAAUGGCUCAUAGAUAUCGCUCUUUACAUUGGUCAACUACCAACAACGAUUCAGAUUGCUCUUUGCUAUUGUGAUCGAUUUCAAGCAUUACUACAGAGACUCGAAUGUACAUUUUUCGAGCUUUGCUAUAUGUGAAGUUAAUCUGCUCAAUCUUUCGUUAUUUUUGCAUGA